UUCAAAUGCUUUGGUCUACAUCAUCUAUACUAUUGGGUCCUGGCCUGCAUAGAGUUCAAAUAAUGAUUACAGAAAAUACGGAAAGGACCCUUUAGUAUCAUUAUUUUAUUAACUUGAAAAAUAAACAGAGAAUUAUAAAAUUAAUCUCUACUAUAUAAAAUGAACUAAAUAAGAGGAUUUCUAAACAUGCCACAUCAGCAGAAAUAUUCAGAGCCAAUUAAACUGCCAUGUCACUGAUACAAUCUAUUUUUCGUCUUCUUUUGUUUCCUCUUCAUCUCGAUGAAUAAAUCUUCGCCGGUUACAAAUUAUUUACUGUUUCUUCAAUUUACUAACGCCAUCAGAUCGACACUUCUUUACCUUCCCUUACCCUCCCCAUCCUCGCUAUAUAAUAGUGGCUAGGUUCAAGUCAGAUAGAAUCCUCACAACCAGUCGUUACUUCCAAGACGCCAAAUCUCCAUGGCUUCUGAUCUCUGUUGAACCAUUGUUCCUUCGGUUGAGGUAAUUUACAAAUCGCUUCUCUGACUUCUCAUAGGAUUAGAUGCUUAAAAGUUUGACACUAGCCAAGCUUUUCCCACAGCAGGUCGGCACCGGCUGGCUUAUGUGGCUGACCAAAGUCGCCGGUGAGGCUAUCCACGAUUGGUUCCAGUUUGGAUCGAACACUUUUGAAAAGCUUAAUAAAGGUUAUGACAUUCAUAGUGUCAAACUAAAAUUCUCUCUGAUAUUUUUAUCUCCAUGGACAUUUGCUUGAUUUAUCUUUAUUUGCUUCUCCGGCAACAACAAGAAACUGGGCGAGAAUAAAGCACAUACCGCCGUAAGACUUUUAGUUUUGUGUGGAUACAUACAAUUUUAAGACUUGAUUGAUCUAAUCUGAGUUUUUCCAUCUUUUUUUUGUUACGAUGCUCUCAACUUCGCUCCAAAAAAAUGAUUCUCUCAAACAAAGGAGAAGUAGGCGCAAGCGUCUGGCAACUCGAACAAGGGUAGUAUUUUGCUAUUCUCAGCUAAUAUUUUGUUACUUUACGUUUUUCUUUCAUAAAAUAUGUGUUUCGUUAUGCACACAUUCAACUGUCGUCAGUCUGAUUCUUUUUCAAUUCUGAGGAUAUGAUUUGCUAUGUUAUUCUUUCUGCUGAUUUAGCAGAUCAGACAAGGGAUGUACAGUAGCGUGUUUGGUGCACAAAGCCUGAAUCAUGAAGAAUAGAGGCUUUGUGCACCAAACACGCUACUGUACAUCCCUUGUCUGAUCUGCACCAAACUCCAUUUCUAAUUUUCUUAAGUCUGAUCUUGGGUUUGUCUGGUUUAUUGAUUUAAACUGCUUUAUAUUCUCUAACCGGGUCGUAAUCGGGUCAUUUUUGGUUAGUUAACUUAGUUACUGGUUAAGUUUAUGGUUUAGAGAACACUAACCAACGUUUAACCGGUUUUUGGCUGGGAAAAAGAAACACGAUAAAAUAAUUUGUGAUAUGGUCCUCCAAACUCCAAAGCUAUUGUAUGUAACACCUAAAAAUAUUAAAAAAGCAGAAAAGAAGUGAUGUACUACGAUGAGAAUCUUAUUUUAUUGUAACUUAAGAAUAAUAAUAUUGAUAAAUUUGUUACGGAGCACCGACAAACAUCGCUUAUUAGCGAAAAGAUUUUGCAACAAUAAAUUUUCUCUUUUUGAUAAAAUAUAAAAUUAAAAUAAUUUUAUUUGUUACAUUGCUUGGCUUACGAAAGCAUUCAGAAUUUUUCUAAAGAAGUAUCUACACACAUUUUGGUGAAUACCAUAGCCGUUAUUUAAGAGGUGUAAAAUUUUGAAUUUGUAACAAAAUAAAAAGCUAUUUUUAUAUAAAAAAAUAAAAGACUACAUUAUAUUUACUUUUUUUUUAUAGAUGUACUUCAAAGACGAAUUUGCAAAAUUAUUUAACCUAUCUUUACCAAAACCUUUUGAUAAAUAAUGCAAUGUCGAUUUCGGUUAAGGCUAACUCAUAUAAAAAAUAAUACUUUCUAGAUUCCCAUAUAUUUCAUAUCUAUAUGUGAAAUAACAUUUUAUGUUCAUCAUCACUGACAUCAUUAAAUCAUACAAAAGUACUGAAUUAAAAAAAAACAUAUAUAUCUCUUGGUUUGGUUUUAUUUGAUCCAUGAAAGAAUAAACAGUUAAAUAAUUAUUUGAGGCAUUGGGAAAAAACAACAAAAGAUGAGGUUGAAUCCAUCUAAGCCUCUUCGAAAAUCUUUUGACCUCUUUUCAGUACCAAAAAAAUUGAGAUUAUUGCGUACAGAUCAAGUCUAUAUUUUUAUUAUAUGUAGUCUAGCCAAACACUAUAUCUCACAGCCUCACAUAAUUGAUUUUAUCAUAGGUGUGUGAUAAAUAAUUUUUUGUGAUUCUGCCUCUUUGUUUGUUACUUACUAUUCUCUGUAUUUUUUUCAUUCAUAUUUUUUUUUAUCUCAAGUAUCUUUUUAAUUUUUUGUUUUAUCAUCAGAUUAUAUGUUUGUUUUUAUUUAAAGUACCACAUAAAUACUGAAGAAAAUAUUUUGAAUACAUUAUUCAUAACCAUUUUCAUAAGAAGAAUUCAAAAAUUAAAAAGAUGGCCUACAUAAAAGUUUACUAAAAUUUAUGCAUCAAACUAUUCCAAAUUAAUUUAUUUCUGUAAUAUAUAUAGUUAAAUUAAUCACAAAAUAAAAAUACUAAAAUAUAUAUUUCUAAAACAAAUUCAAACAUAUCAUGUUACAAAAUAAUUAAAAUAAAGAUAUAAUCCACGCGGACACAAAACUAGUAUUCCUAAAGAAAGGAGAAUGACGAAGAUGACGGCUCAUUACAAAGAAAGCACCGCACCCCGAAGAGAGAGAGGCAAAACGCACGAAAGAAUAUGAGAAAUUUUCUUAAAUUCUCUUUAAAAGUCAAUGAAUUUUAACACAACACGACUCCAGUCAUGGAAGAGUACCGGUUCGAGAAGAGCGAGAUACAGGCUUCGUUCAUGAUGUCGACACAGCUAUGGUCCGAGUCAUGGAGUUUAUGCAACGCCGCUGAUUGCGCAGGAAACAUUCAAAUCCAACACGUCGCCGGAAUCAUGUAUGUUGCUUUACCGAAGGUGGAGAUGAAUCAACCUGGGAAUCUCGUGGGCGUAGAAGUUGCCGGAUAUGGGAUUUUCGCGGCCUUGUCCUCAUCAUUACUCUCCGGUGAGCCUCCGUAUAUGGUCAACGAUGUAAUACUUGAACUUUUUGUUUCAACGGGUCUCCUUAUUCAAUCACAGAUCACACAAGGAUUGGAACUGGAAGAAACUAAACAAGUGGUAAUUACCGGACAUUCAACUGGCGGCGCGUUGGCGGCACUCACCGCACUUUGGCUUCUCUCACAACCUUCUCCGCCGCCAUUCCGCCUCCUCUGCAUCACCUUCGGCUCUCCUCUGCUCGGAAACCAAUCUUUCUCUUUCUCAGUGUCCCGAUCACGUUUAGCCCACAAGUUCUGCCAGGUGGUGUCCAUCCACGACCUCGUCCCUAGAGGAAAUGAUGAUCGAUUCUGGCCCUUCGGAACCUAUCUCUUCUGCUCCGACAGUGGAGGUCUUUGCUUAGAAAAUGCUGAUUCAGUUUGUGGGAUGUUUCGUAUACUCAACUCGACAGGAACUCCAAAAAUUGAGGAACAUCAAGGGUACGGAUAUUACGUGUCCACACUCUCUCACCAGUUUCUUAUAUCUAGAAGCUCUUGUGGUGGACGUAUCUCAGACAAUAGCUAUGAAGCUGGUGUUGCAUUAGCUGUUGAGUCUCUAGGAUUCUGUAAUGAUCAAGAAAGUGGUGUGUUGGUGAAAGAGUGCAUAGAAACAGCUACAAAGAAAAAUCGUGCUCCGAUUUUAAGAACGAGUGAGUUACCAAAGCACAUUGAAUGGUACAAACAUAAUUGCGACGUGUCACCAAAGCAGUUCGGUUACUACGAUAACUUUAGACAAUUCUCAAAUACAAGAGAGAUAAGGGUGAACAUGAGUCGGGCAAAGCUAGCUAAGUUUUGGGACGGCGUGUUAGAAAUGGUGGAGAAGAAUGAGUUACCUUUUGAUUUUUAUCUGGCAAAGAAAUGGGUAUACACAUCAAAGUUUUACCAACUCUUAUUCGAACCACUCGACAUUGCGUACUUCUACAAGUACAAAUAUUCAAGGACGAGUGGUCAUUACAUGAAGAGUGGGAAUAGACCCAAAAGGUAUGAAGUGAUUGAUAAGUGGUGGAAAGAAAGAGGAGAGCCUAAUAAAGAGAAGCGUGCGAGGACUCGAUACGCUAGCACUACACAGGAUACUUGCUUUUGGGCUAAGCUUGAGGAAGCAAAAGAGUGUUUGGAUGAUCUGACCUGCGAGAAUAGUGAUGCACAGAGGCGAACUUUGUUACGGGAAAAAAUUGAUGGGUCUGAGAGAUACUCCGCUACAUUGGUGAAGAUGAAGGAAGUUUCGAAAGAUGUCUUGGCGACGAACUCGAGUUACACUGUGUGGGUGGAGAAACUAAGAGAGUUCAACAAGUUAAAAAUGAGUAAUGGAGUUGUUGAUGAGAGUGACGCAAUGGAGACUUAGUAGGAUUAAUAGCAAAUCUAACAUGAUAUGCUAUAUAACAACCUUUUAUCAACUGCUGUUCAUGUUUACGUAAUAUUUUCUCAUGUAUCUUACAUAAUAAAACAGGUUUUCUCUCACCUCCUUGCGCCACGUCAGCACAGAGGGAGGGGCAAAUCCCGACACGUGUUGCCAUACCAAAGCCUCUGCGAUUUGUUUAUUUCAGCUGUUCUGUAAUUGAGUGUUUGAGAGCUGGGCUUUUAUUAAAAUGAAUAGGUUAGGCCCGUACCUUUAGCCCAUUUACAGACUCAAUUGAUAUUAAGGUUCGUCGUCGUCUUCCUCUUUCACAUGCGACCUCCGCGUCGAUCCGAAAUCUGUAACGUCUCCCCGAGGCAGGAUGACUUUUUGGUUAUCUUGAUAAAGUAUCUGAAUACAAUAAGCUCCAUGUAACCAGGUCUGAUCCUUGAUCAAAACUCCUGAUUGUUAUUAUAUUAAUUCCAUUAUCAACUUUCGUUCCUAUCACGAAACCAACGAAAAGGUUUCAAUCGCAAUCAUCGCCACCAUGACUGUGCUAUCAUCUACAGAUCGAGAUAACGCUGAGAAGAAGGUGAAGAGUUCGUAUUUUGAUUUGCCGGCUAUGAACGUAUUCGUUGCAUUUCCUCAAGCAACUCCAGCCUCUAAGUUCCCAACGUGCAGUAAGGAUUUUUUUUCAGAGAAUAUACAUUUUUUGUUAUGUUUUGUUGUGCUUUUGCUUCAAUCUGUGUGUUUGUAUACUUUAUUACAGCUUCAGACUAUUAUCAUUUCAGUGAACUAUUGACUCCAGAGGAGCAGGCUGUGCGGAAGAGAGUGAGGGAGUUCAUGGAGAAAGAAGUUGCCCCCAUUAUGACAGAGGUUUGUCUAUCUUUGUGUUUGUUUGUUUACUUUGAUAUUAUCAUUGCAUGACAUCAUCCUUCUUUCUUUGAUUUUUACUCAUCAAUACUGGGAGAAGGCAGAGUUUCCGUUCCAUAUCAUUCCAAAGCUUGGAGCUUUAGGUGUUGUUGGUGGCUCUAUUAAGGUAUGUUGAAAUGCUUUGUUUCUAUUUUUUUUUUAUAUGUGGAUAGAAGAUUCGUUUUUUAAUUUGGUCGGGCUUAUUAAGGUUAUGGCUGUCCUGGCCACAUCACAGCCAAUGCCAUUGCAACAGCAGAGAUAUCUAGCGUUGAUGCAAGCUGUGGGACUUUUAAUUUGGUCCUUAGCUUGGAGAAGGUUCCAUCUCAAGACAUAGACUGAUAUUCAAUUAAUGAUUCCACAUCAAUCAGCUAAAGACCUGCAUGUAUAUCUUCAUUAUCUCAUUUGUUAUUAUAACAGAUUGUGGAGUUCCUUGGCACUGGAGAAGUUGUUAGAAUUAAAACUCCUAAUGGGUGGUGCCUGCCCAUGGAUUCUCUUCCUUCACAUGUUCAUUGUGCCAUAACGCCAGCGCAGUUGGGGGAUCUCAGUUUAUCAAACUUUAGGUUCUAAACUCACCACUACCAAACAAUAUCAACACUGUUAUGCAGGUACCUAAGGAUGUCUGCACCGUCAAGAAGCCUCACAAUGGUUAGCUUCGCAUCAUUGGGAGUGUCCAAGCCUAAUGCCCAUUCAUGCUCCUUUUGUUUCUAAUUUUCUUCUAAGUUUGAAUAACAUGUUUAGCAAGUCCCUUCCUCUCUGAAUUUUUUUGUGUGCUCAACUUUUCGGAAUAUUUUCUAUGUUUAAUCUUCUCAAAAUUUUCA